CAUGAAUAUACAAGCGAUGGGAAAUCUGUGUCCCAUCAGUCUUAGCCAGCAUAGCCAGUGGUGAGGAAUGCUGGGAAAUGUAGUCUGACAACAUUUGAAGGAUUACAUGAUUCCCAGUUCUCUGUAGACAUAGAAAUUCCUUCAGAUACUCAAGUCACAAAUUGAGAAAGCUUUAAAGUUGAGCAGCAGUUCUUUGAAAUGAACUCAGAAAUCAUACAAUAAGUCCAAAGAAUUCUUUCAACAGGUAACAGAUGUUCCCAGUGACUGUCCUCAGAUAGUACCUUAGCAACUGAAGUGAUCCAGCUUGAUGAUAAGAUGCUUAGGUCUCUGCCCAGAAAGAAACACUCCAAUAAGGACAGAACAAAUAGCAUGAUGGAUUCAGAAGACCAUUUUCUAAACAAGUCAAAAACUGACCAAAUUGGUCACCGGAUUGUAAAAGUCAGCUCAGGCAAACAUUACGUCUGUGGUUAUUGUGCAGCUAUGACAAACGUUACCAUCACCUUUCCCAUCCAGAAGGUUCUCUUUCGCCAGCAGCUAUAUGGCAUACGUACCAGGGACGCAAUAAGUCAGCUGCAGAAGGAUGGACUCAGGAAUCUGUACCGGGGAGUCCUUCCUCCGCUGAUGCAGAAGAGCACAACCCUGGCAUUAAUGUUUGGCUUAUAUGAAGACUUGUCUUCCAUACUCCUAAGGCACAUGAGUGCCCCUGAAAUUUUGACCCGGAGUUUAGCAGCUGUGCUUGCUGGUACCACAGAAGCUGUUCUGACCCCUUUUGAGCGCGUCCAGACACUUCUGCAGGACUACAAACAUCACGACAAAUUUACAAACACUUUCCAAGCAUUUAGAGUUCUUAGAGAGCAUGGUGUUAGGGAAUAUUAUCGAGGCCUUGUGCCAAUCCUCCUUCGGAAUGGUCCUAGCAAUGCUCUUUUCUUUGGCCUGAGGGGACCUAUCAAACAGUGUUUGCCGGAAGCAACAACCUACAGUACUCAUUUGAUCAAUGAUUUUAUCUGUGGAGGGGUGUUGGGUGCUAUGCUUGGAUUCCUCUAUUUCCCUUUGAAUGUUGUAAAAGCCCGCAUGCAGUCAAAAAUUGGCGGAGAAUUCCAGUCUUUUUCUAAGGUUUUCAUGAAGAUUUGGCUAGAGCGCGACAGGAAAGUGACGCACCUCUUUCGAGGUGCCCAUCUGAAUUAUCAUCGAUCCCUAAUUUCUUGGGGCAUAAUCAAUGCAACAUAUGAAUUCUUGCUCAAAUUACUGUGAAAGAUGUUACGGUUUGUGACGUUCCUUUUCUCAGGUGGGCAUCAGACAACAUUGAGCCGUUUCCAGGGAAUAAUAAUAUUCUGACUGGUAACACUGAGCUCCAUUAACAUUUUGGAAACAUGAUUGCAAACUAAUAGUUCUUUCAGUAGGCAAGGAUGUCAGUUGUUUUAAACAGUGCCUACUUCGCUUGGAAUAUAACUGAAUUCACUGUUAUUGAUGGCCUUUCAGUCUGUGGAUGUGUGAGCUGUAUGGCUAAAAGGAUUGGUUGAAACAUUUCUGGGAAUAAAAGAUGCCAGAAGGUGGGUUCACCCAAAGCCUAAAAAACUGAAUUUUACGUUGGCCUAUAAACAGUUUCUUCCAGAUCACCUUCAACUUUCCUUGACACUCCUAGUCAUCCAAAUAAUGCACUUUGAAGGAAUAUAACUGGGAGAAGACUGAUACUUAAUUUUUUGCUUGGCUCUUUUGUAACAAAUGGUGGGAUGUUUCUAUGAUGCUUCGAAUCACACACACACUCUUAAAAACCUGAAAAGAGACUGCCAAAUUUGGAAAAUAAAUCUGUAGUGCUAGCAUAAAA